UCUACUACCAAUAUAUAAAACUUAAUUCACAUGGAAGAUAUGUACGGAUUCCAUUCAAUCUCCGAUUACACUAUUCAGCCGGAAACUAACUUAAUCUCCCCACAACAACCGGAAUACCACGCCGUCGAUCAUUACCACCGUACGACGGCGUUUUACGGCUCCGAUCAUCUGUUAUCCGCCACAGCCUCCGUCAUCUCUGAAGCUGUUUCCGUCGCUGAUCAUAGCCAGUUUCCUAGACGUAGAAGUCAUCACCGUAGUAAUCAGCGUGAUGAUGAUGAUCAAAGUAGAAACGACGACGUUUUUGUUCAUCAUGAUGUUAUUAAAGCUAAAAUAGCUAGUCAUCCUUUGUAUCCUAAGUUGCUUGAUGCCUUUAUCGACUGUCAGAAGUUAGGUGCGCCACCAGAAAUAUCAUGUUUAUUAGACGAAAUCAGAAGAGAUAAUGGCAUUGUUAUGCGAAACGCUGUCGUUUCAACUACCGGCUUAGGAGCAGAUCCUGAGCUUGACGAGUUCAUGGAGAUGUAUAGGCAAGUGUUAGUGAAAUAUAAGUCUGAGUUGACAAGGCCUUUUGAUGAAGCCACCGUUUUUCUCAAUAAUAUUGAAACACAGCUCAGUAAUCUUUGUAAAGAUGAUGCAUCAUCGGAAGAAGAAUUGAGUGGAGGUGAGACGGAAAACACACACGUGAGUAGAGAAGACCAGGAACUGAAAGACACCUUGUUGCGGAAAUUUGGAGGUCAUAUAAGCUCCCUUAAGCAUGAAUUUUCCAAGAAGAAGAAGAAAGGGAAGCUCCCAAAUGAGGCAAGGCAUACUUUGCUUGAAUGGUGGGAUUCUCAUUACAAAUGGCCUUACCCUACGGAAGCUGAUAAGAUAUCGUUGGCGGAAUCAACAGGACUAGAUCAAAAGCAAAUCAAUAACUGGUUUAUAAACCAAAGGAAGCGGCAUUGGAAACCAUCUGAAAACAUGCAGCUAGCGAUAAUGGGUAGUUUUUCGGGUCAAGAAUUUUAUGACGAUUGAAUAUGUGGAUUCAAGGUUCAUGCACUGAUAUGCAUGUAUAUCAUACCAACUGUAUUAACUUGACAAUAAUAACUUAACAAUUAGGUAAACACUUAAUCAUGUCAUUUUGUGGAAAUAAGAAACAGAUUAGUGCACA